AUGAAAAGCGGCGCGAACAUCGUCAAAUUUCCCGAUCACAUCGUCCACUGUCUAAUCAACACUAAACGACCCGAUUUAAAGCCGCUUCAACAAGUGCUUUUGGGAGCUGAGGAAGGAGAAGAGAGCAAUUUGUUCUUCGUGACGAAGGGUGAUAGAGAAAAUCUGAAGAAAGUACUGACAGCUAUUGAUAAUCAUCCGUAUAUGGUUCUAAUGGGCGGCGUGAUUGAGGACGAGUGUUAUACCCCGCGCGGCGUUCUGGAGUGGGCAAAACUCUCGCUCGAGAAGGAAAUGGGCCAAGUGCUCGGAUUAAUGUCAUCGCCUGCACAAACACUAGUAUCGAUGCUCGAGAAUUCUGGCAGUUCGGAGCUCGUCCGUAUUCUUGACCAGUCUUCACGUGGCACGACGGAUCUGCUUGGACAGUAUCUUAAUGAUAACGCGUCCGACGAUGCUUAG